AUGUUAUUUAGUUAUUCGUUUUAUUUGAGUUAUGUGGUGCCGACCGUUGUGAUUCAUAGUGAGGCUAUUGAUUCCGAUGCCGAUGGAGUCAUUGAUGAAAUUAGAUAUGAUGAUUUAUUUAUUAAUUCAAUUUCGUUUUCAAAUGAUACGUUCUAUGAUCCGCUGCAUUUGGAUGUUUUUAGAACAUUUACUCUCCUCAAACAAAACAACACAAAAUUUCAUUUACCAGUUUUUGGAUACAUGUAUUACAAUACGGAUCUAGAAUUUUACUAUCAUCAAUUGUUUCGAUACAAAGAUGUCAGUGAUGAUCAUAGAUAUCUCUCUGAGUUUCAUCAUUUAUUGCAUUUGACAUACAAGCUAUAUUUGAGAAUGUUGUUCAAAAUCAUUCAAUUAAUAUUCAAUAUUGAGUACACAAUUUUCAAAGAGGUGGAACAUUUCUUUCUCAGAUUUUCAGCACCCAAGAAGCUUAAAAUUUCACUAAGUAUACCCAUGUUGAAUCAUUCUCUGGUAUUACACAGCGACGAGUAUGGAUAUUUUUAUCAUGAAGUAGUUAUGGAUGCCCCCAACUACAAGGAGCUCGUUUGUGACAGGAAUAUGGAUUGGAUUGAGUACAGAGUACAAAUUUUAGACCAUGUAAAAACUGGCAACAUUCUUUCCAAUUGCGACACUUUCAAACGUGAUGACGAUACCAAUGAUGCACCGCUCUACUCAAUUAUUUCUGAUAUUGAUGACAGUAUCAAAAUUACCAAUGUCACAGGCGGUAUUGCUGCCAUGAUGAAAUCCACAUUUAAUCCAUUCAUCGCAGUUCCAUGGAUGAAUGAAUCCUAUAUCAAGUUUAAGGACACAUACCACAAUGCGAAUUUUCAUUAUGUGAGCAGCAGCCCCUAUGUACUCUAUAACAAACUGGAGACUUUUAUAUUGAAAAAUAAUUUUCCAAUUGGAUCCUUUCAUUUGCGUGUGUCCCACUUGGAAAAUCGCUCAUUUUUCACAAUGCUUCGCUCAAGUAAGGUAUCCAAACCUGUCACCAUUCACGAAAUUAUGAAAAACUAUAGUAGACGAAAAUUUUUAUUGGUGGGUGACAGUGCCGAAAAUGACGCGGAAAUUUAUGCUCACUUUUAUCAUCAAUAUCCUCGAAAUGUUGAUCGAAUAUUAAUUAGAUGUGCCUCUCCAACAUUGGAGGCCUGCAUACAGAAAGUGCAAAAGACAAUGGCUCUCUAUCAAGUACCACCUCAUGUCAUGGACUCUUUCGCUACUGAUAGCUCAGAUAUUUUGGAAAAAAUCAUCAAACAACAGCAAAAUGCAAGAAAUUGA